AUGAAGUUUUUUCUCUCCCUCACAGGCUGGCUUGCUGCUGUAGCUCAAGGCAGCACUGUUGGUCGGCGAGCGGCAUGUUCUGGCAACACGGCCACGACAAGAUCGCAGUGGUGCGACUUUAGCAUUGACACCAACUACUAUGAUGAGGUUCCCAACACUGGAAACACCAGAGAGUACUACUUUAAUGUCGAAGAGCUAACUGCGGCUCCCGAUGGCUUCGAGCGCACCGUGUACGCCAUCAACGGCAGCGUUCCGGGCCCGACCAUUGUGGCCGAUUGGGGAGACAACGUCGUCAUACAUGUGACCAACAGCCUCUUCAAUGCAAAAAAUGGCACAUCAAUCCAUUUUCACGGCAUUCGACAGAAUUACACCAAUGAAAUGGAUGGUGUCACGUCCAUUACACAAUGCCCUCUCGCGCCGGGCGAGUCCAUGACUUACAGGUGGAGAGCCACCCAGUACGGGUCGUCGUGGUACCAUUCACACAUUGGGCUACAGGCCUGGGAGGGAGUCUUUGGUGCCAUUCUCAUCAAUGGACCAGCUACAGCCAACUAUGACGUGGAUAAGGGAACUAUUCUGUUGUCUGACUGGAGCCAUGAGACGGUGGAUUCGCUGUAUCAUUCGGCCCUCACUCAGGGACCUCCUCAGCUGGAUACGGGACUCAUCAACGGUACAAAUACAUGGAACAACAGCGGAACCAUUGUUGGACACAGGUUCAACACGUCGUUUACCUCGGGCGAGUCAUACCGGCUGAGACUGAUUAAUGGUGCUAUUGACACGCACUUUAAAUUUUCCAUUGACAACCAUACCAUGACGGUCAUUGCGGCCGACUUUGUUCCUAUCACGCCAUAUGAUACUACGGUUCUUAACAUCGCCAUGGGCCAAAGAUACGAUGUUGUUGUGACGGCCGACCAACAGUCCGUCGCCAGCAACUUUUGGAUGCGCGCCAUUCCCCAAGUCGCCUGCUCGAACAGCGCCAACGCGGACGACAUACGCGGCAUCAUCUACUACGGUAGUUCACCCUCGACUCCCACCACUAUCGGCUACGACUAUACCGACGCCUGCGUCGACGAGCCCGUGUCCAGCCUCGUGCCGCACGUGGCCGUCGCCGCCAGCACCCAGCACUACUCGGACCUCGAAAACGUCAACAUCCGCGCCGUCUCCGACGUUAUUCUGUGGACGCUCAACGGCACCUCCUUCUCCGCGGCGUGGGAGGACCCGACCGUCUUGCAGAUGUAUAACAACGCGACAAUCUACAGCACCGACAUUCACGCCGUGCAGCUCGACGAGGCGGACCAGUGGGCCUAUCUGAUCGUGCAGGCGGAGAACGCGGCGGCGCACCCGAUCCAUCUGCACGGGCACGACUUUGCCAUUCUCGGCCAGGGCGUCGGCACGUACAAUGCGAGCAGCGAUCUGCUCAGCUUGACGAACCCGGCGCGGCGCGACGUGGCCAUGCUGGACGGCUCGGGCUACCUGGUGCUCGCGUUCAAGACGGACAACCCGGGCGCGUGGCUGAUGCACUGCCAUAUUGGGUGGCACACCAACAUGGGCCUGGCGCUGCAGUUUGUCGAGCGGCAAGAGGAGGCGCGGGAGCUGAUGGACUAUGAGUUCUUGAACAGUACGUGCGCGGCGUGGACGGCGUACACGGAAGAAGCUUCGGUACAGCAGGAUCAAUAUGAUGAUGGCAUCUAG